AUGCACUCCAGCGGCAAACAGUUGGACCUGAAUCCUUCCGCCGUCGCCGCUAUUUCCCUGCUCCACUUGGUCCUUUUGGCCAGUGCUGCUGGAGAUGGGAAUUCCACCCGUGGUCUAAGCCUCAGUCGCUCCAAACGCCUGGCCAUUUUCAAUGGCUCGGGCACAAACAAGAUUGUCACUGGCCUGGCGUUUCCCAUCAAACAGGAGGAUGUAGUGCAAUCGGUCUGGGGAUUCGUCAACUACCAGGCGCAAUACGUGCCAUCGCCCAUACCGAUUUACUGGUGGAGCUUCUGGAACACCUCGUCCUUUGUGACCACCGCCCGGGAUUGGCGGAAAAGUGUCCAGAGUGGGUUGUUCCAGGACGAGACUCGAAUUUGGCUGUACGAUGUCAUGGAAAUGGGCCUGGAGCGGUUUGGAGAUCGGAAUGCAGGUGCCUGUCUGCUCAAAAGUAUCUGUGAGAUAUCCCAGCGACCCUUUGUGCACAGCAGUAUUUUCGGCGAAAUUUUGAAUACAGUACUGGUGCCAUCUUUGGAUAAUGUUCCUGAAAAGUAUCUGCUUGCCAGGAAUGCCGGAAAAGCCGGUGCCAAUUGUUGGAAAACCUACAGUGACUGCAGUAAAAAGAUGUGGAACAAACUCAUUAAAAUGGCCAAGAUAUCCAUCUAA